CCCCCCCACGAACCCCGGGAGGUGUUGCUUAUCUGUCAAGACCAAAGGAGUGCGCUCUCGCCUCAUUAAAACCCUUAAUUUAUACACCAUGGCCAAGAAUACGUUAAGCUCCGAAUUCCGAAACCUUGAUGUUGACCAGUACAAUGAAGAUAAUUACAAAGAAGAUGAUGGCGAGCCCCAGAGUCCACCUAUUGGGAUUGAUGAAGCCACAAUUGUUUCACAUAUAAACUCAGGCAAUCAUGCUGAUGCUCUGAAACUCCUGCUAACAAAUGCACCAGUAGCAUCUAAGGGGAAAAAUGAACAAGUAAAGGACAUGGCUCUAAACCUAGUGUUAAAGGUACUAUUGUCUGUCAACAAGUCACAGAUGGACCAGAUAAUUGGAGUUCUAGACCAAACCCAUUUGGAUGUCCUAAUGAAGUACAUUUACAGAGGUUUUGAGAGGCCAUCAGAGGGGUCCUCUGCCAUUCUUCUUAUUUGGCACGAGAAAGUGUAUAAUGUUGGAGGUGUAGGUUGUAUUGUACGUGUCCUCACAGACAGGAAAAGGGUCUGAACUUGAAAUAAUGUCUUGUUUCUAGGGUGGUAAGGCACUAAUGAAUAUGUAGCAGACUAAGAAAUAUCAGAAUCCUACAGUUUUCUUUUUAAUAUAAUGAUUUUUCUUUGAUUAUGUCAUAGCAAACAGAUUCAUUGUUUUCCGUUAAUUGAAAUUCAUAAAA